AUGUCAUUCCUAAAUCGCCUAGCCAGUCUUCUUGGCCUGUCAUCCCCGGCCCCAGUUGUGCCGCCUGGGGCCGCUCUCGCAGCUACAGUCACGGUGCCUGCAUCCUUGGGAUUUGUCCCGGUCGCGAUUCAUUUCGAUCUCUUCGACAUUCUCAUUGAACAUGGGGGUCCUGCGACCGCCGACGAAGUAACCAAAACCUGCAAUGAGCGCAUCAGUGCCCGAGAAAAGAAUGAGCCAAAGCUCAGUAGCAAGUUAGCCUCGGACACGCUCUACAUAAUGUCUGGACUCGGCCUGGUUGAACGCGUGUCCGAAGAAAGGUUUGCAGCAAACGCAGUCACCAACCACAUGGUUGCCAUGCCCUCAGCGCAGCACGGCGCGCUACACUUGUCAGUCACCAAGUAUCGUUUGAACCCCCAAACCUCUUUACUGAACCCAACCAGCACUACGGAAGGCCUGAUGGCGGGCGCAUUCUUGAUGAAAAAGCUCCAAGACACCGGCUUUGCUUACCCCUUCGCCGAUGCAGAUGGACCCCUCCAAUACGCGUAUCAAUUAAUGGGCCAGCCCGAGCUCGCGUCUCAGCACACUUACUCGAUCAUGGAGACGCAAGGUCGCAUGGAUAGCUUCAAUCAAUUCAUGGUUGGCAAGUUCCUCAAGUUCGGAACGUUUCCCGAACGCGUGUUGUCAAUGGGCUACGACCUCGACGGUGCGCUGGCUGGCUCCGGGUCGACGGCCAUGGUUGAUAUUGGUGGUGGACGCGGCGAGCUUCUUCUCGAAGUGAAGGCUCAUUACCCCCAUCUCCAAGCAGAAGAAUUGAUUGUGCAGGAGUUCAAUGCUGACAUCGAGUCCGUGCCUGGUGUCACUCUCAUGGAAUGGAAUUUCAAGGAGUCGAGUGAACAGCCGGUCCAUGGAGCGCGAAUCUACUCAUUGCAGCAUAUUUUGCAUAACCUGCCAGAUUUAGACGCCGUGGCGUUGCUACAGAAAAUUUCUCGGGCUAUGGCGCCUGGAUCAAGGGUGCUGAUUAUUGAGUAUGCUAAGAACCUGACUUACACCUCGCUCCACGCGAGUAUGAUCGCGUUGUAUGGUGGACGUGAGCGGAGUGCGGCUGAGUGGCGGCAAAUAGCGAGUUUGACGGGGCUGAAAGUGACUUUUGAGAAGUAUGUCAGAGCUGGCGAGUCUUUGGUGGAGAUGAGGAAGGAAGAUAGGUAA